AUGACUUUUGGUGGACUUGGUGGGGAAUAAACGGGAAAUGAGCGAAAAUAGACGCAGUUCUAAGAAAAAAGAUCAAGAAUAGGUUGAAAAUGCCGUAAAAUUCACAAUAAAAAAUAUCAAGCAAAUUUACUGUAAUGUAAGCUAAAUGAAUGAAAAAUUAACCUUUAGUUCAUAAAUUAUCAAAAAUAAAAAAUAACCAAGCAUAAAACUAGACUAGGCUCUAAAGUCACCAAACUCUAGAGCCCAAAAAAUGGAUAAUGAAAAUAAAUAAACAACAACAAAACCAUGGCUCUGACUCCGCCCCUUUUUCCAUUUUUUGGCCACACCCCUUCACAUUUUCUUGGGGCACUUCCCAAAAGCAACAAAACGCUCCAAUUUGUUGUUGUUUUUUUGUGAAAGGUGUCAACAGAUGUUGGAUCAUAGCCAUUAAAUUUGAAUUUUCACAAAGGAGGUGUUAGGAUUUGCCACGUCAUAAGACUAUAAUUGAUAGGAGAUUGGUAAAAUGUCAAGUUUUGAAUGAAAAAAAAUGGAAUUUCGAUGGGUAAAUAUCUGAAAAGUCUAUGAAAAACUUAUGAAAUUCCUAGAUGCUUUCAGAAUGAAAUUUUGGAAUUCAAACUUGCCACGUCAUAGAGUAUUUUUUGAAAGAAAUUUGAAGAAAUUGACAAGUUUAUUUUAAAUGCUGAAUGUUUGGUGUCAUCUUCAGAAAACCCUUCUCCAGGUGAGAAAAAUUACCACAAAAUAUUGAAAGCUACCCGAAAAUCCUCUGAAAAAACCCCUGAAUUAGAAAAAAAUGUUAUUUUCUCACCAAAAAUAAUUUUCAAUAUUUUUUCCAGAAAACGGCAAAAUCGACGAGACGCUCAAAAAACCGCAGAAUUUCUCAACUUCCACAGAUUGGCGCCCUCUACUCAUCACAAUUCCACUCCGAUUGGGUCUUACAACGAUUAACGAGUGCUAUUUACCAGCAAUUCGAAAAUAUUUCGAAAUUCCACAAUGUGUUGGAAUGAUUGGUGGAAGACCGAAUCAUGCACUGUAUUUUGUGGGAAUUGGUGGCGAUAGAAAGUUAUUUUAUCUGGAUCCACAUUAUUGUAGACCAAAAACUGAUUUGGCACCGAAAAAUGGCGAAAAUUCACCAAAAACUGAUGAAAAAUCAUCAGAAAAUGAUAAAAAAUCACCCAGAAAAUCCCCAGAAACCGCGCAAGAUGAGAGUUUUUCGAAUAUAGAAGAUCUUGAACCGCUGCCUUCGCAAACUUCAGAUAUUUACACAAAACUCGAUAAUUCGACUUAUCAUUGUGAAAUGUUACUUUGGAUGGAUUAUCAAAAUAUUGAUCCAUCCUUGGCUAUUUCAUUUUUCUGCGAAACAAAAUCUGAUUUUGAAGAGUUGUGUGCAAUUUUGAAAGACGAAAUGUUGAGCUCAACGAGUCCGCCGGUUUUUGAGCUCGUGGAGAAAAGACCAAAAUAUUGGCCUGAGUUUGAGCCGUAUGUUGGAGUUGAAAUGAAGAUUGAAAUGAAUGGUAAGUGGAUUUUUGAGGAGUGAGACUAUUGGGAAAUCUUUAAACUUUUAAGAAUUGUGAAAAUCCCGAACGUGAAAUUGAAAAAUUGAAUUUUUGAGUUAGACAUUUAUUUCGCCACGUGGCUUUUCUAAUUUUUGAUUCUCUUAAAUAUUUUAUUUUUCUGACAUUUUUUGUCCAUUUCAAACACACUUGGCGAGAGAGUGUCCCAAAAUUUUUGUGCAGCGUGAAAAUUUAUUCAGAAUAAAAAUUGUGCAGCGUGAAAUUUUGAAUUUUUUCGAAUAUUUUCAUCAAAAUCUGCUGAAAAUCAAUGAACACCUCACUUUUUCGUGAAAAAAAUUUUGAAAAUUUUCAUUAGCUACCCGCCCGAAUCCAAAUUUUGGUUUGGGUGGGAAUUUUUAUUUGAAAAUUUUUGUACAGUAUCCUUUUUGGACACGUCUCGUCAGGUGAAAUUUUCAAACUGAAGAUACGGAAUUCAAAGUAUCUAUUUUUCACCCGAAAAACAACCUGCAAAAAUUCUAAACUGCCACGUGGCAUUUAAAAUGUUAACUGUUAAAAACCUCCUAUUUUUGCAGAAUUCGAUGAUAUUGGACAAGCGGGAAAUGAAGAAGAAUUCGAGGUAUUGGAUGUAUAA